AUGAGUUAUCAAUUUCAAUUACUUAAAUUCGUUGAAGGAAUAGGUUCAUAUGCUUGGAAGGAUUUAUCACCGGUAACAUUCCUGAAUUGGGCGGAAGAUGAACCGGCAGAUGCAAAAGGUCGAAUAGUACAGCAAUGUGUUAAAAUGCAACUUACUGGUAACUACACCUGGCAUAGCAUUAGUUGUUGGCAAAGUACUCAUUUUUUAUGUUCAACGCCGGUUGUUAAUGUAUUCCACUAUCCGCCCACAAAAGAAAAUGAUAAAAAUGAAAUUUUUUCGUCAUCACAUUUAUCAAAUAAUAGUGAAAGGAAAGAUAGGAGGAAAUUACUCGAUGAUAAUGAUAAUCACGAUAUCAAGACAAGCGCUAACAAUCAAAGUCUGUUACCAAUGUCACCAUCACAAUCGAUAAGUGCAAUUAAUAUGAUGGGUAAAAUCUGUCUAAUAUCCAUCAUAGUAAUAAGUAUGAUCGGCGGCAUACAAUUAUGGAGACGAAAACGACGAUUGCAUUUAAGCAAUCAACGAAUUGUUCAAUUUGAUCAGCUUCAAAAUGAGGAAGAAAAUACCAUGUAA